ACUUCCAGCAAGAUAGAGAUCUCUGAUAUCAGAAACUUCAGCGGCACCAAAAAGAUAAUGUGUGCUUCCGUAGGAGUGUGCGCGGAUGGCUUGUGACGCAGCAGCGCUGAACGGACAGAGAAUUUCUGCUGUCAAGAUGGCGACAUCGGAGCCGGUAAGAGAGGCAGUGGAUGAAGGGAAAGUAGUUGAUGCUGAAGAACCCCAAACUGAAAGCCCAGUGGUUGCGAGUUCUGAGCAGUAUAUCAAACAUCCCUUGCAAAACAGAUGGGCCCUGUGGUAUUUCAAAAAUGACAAGAGCAAAAGCUGGACAGAGAACUUGCGUCUCAUCUCCAAGUUUGACACAGUGGAAGAUUUUUGGGCGCUAUACAACCACAUACAACAGCCAAGUAAACUGGGAUUUGGCUGUGACUAUUGCUUAUUUAAGGAUGGGAUCAAGCCCAUGUGGGAGGAUGACAGGAACAAGUUAGGAGGACGAUGGCUGAUAACCCUCAGCAAACAGCAGAGACACAAUGACCUCGACCGAUAUUGGAUGGAGACGCUUUUGUGUUUAGUUGGAGAGUCGUUUGAUGAAGCCAGUGAAGAUGUGUGCGGUGCUGUGGUCAAUGUCAGACCUAAGGGUGAUAAAAUAGCCAUCUGGACCAGCAACUGCCAAAACAGGGAAUCCAUCAUGACGAUAGGACAACAAUAUAAAGAGCGACUGAACCUCCCCAUGAAAGCCAUGAUUGGCUACCAGUCACAUGACGACACGUCCAGCAAGAGUGGCUCCACCACCAAGAACAUGUACUCUGUUUGAAGAUAUCCUCCAUUUCAACUUGCCGUAGGUUUAAGCAAUUACCAACCUGCAUUAUCAAAAUACUUUUGAGCUGUCAACUAUUGUAGUGUCCUUCCUUUUUAUUGAAAAGAGACUUGUUUAUAGUGUACACAGAUGGUGCUUCCCCAACCAGAGUAAUUGGCUGAUCAAGUACCUUUUUGUUAAAGUGGGGAAGAGCGUGGUAAGAACAGUAUUUAGCAGAACAUGACGGAUGUGAGCUAGAGAGCACAAUUGAGUUACUUAAAAGAUUUGAGGCAUUUCUGUCGUUAAUACCAGUGACUCACUCCAGCUUUGCUGAGGAGGAGCGUUUCCAUUACUCAAAGCUUAGAGUUGCCACAAAAAACCCUUUCUUAACUAUAAGAUUUUUUUUUUUUUUUUUUUUUUUUUGAUCAUGCGAAGUUCUCCUUCUGAAAGCUUUCUCAUCUCACAGGACAAGAUGGUAGGUAACUUAGUUUAUUCAGAGAGAAUUUUUAUUGGCAGUUUUAAGUUGAUGCAUCUAGAGGUGUUGAGCAUUGGAUGGGCUUCCGGAUGCACCUGUUGGAGAUCAUACAUUUUCGUAAAGGUUUGUAAAAGGUUAGCUGUGGUCACACUCCAAAGUAUGAUAUUUGGACGAAAGGCCACAUAUUGUUUCAGCCAUGCUGGAAUUUUGAAAUACUGCUUGUAGUACUAUUUUAAACUCUUGAUUUACUUUUUGCUUCCCCUUACAUUUAUUUAUAAUGUAUGCAUUGCAGAUCAACUACUUAGAUGGAGUACAACCCUUAGACUCUUGUUUCUUCUUCUUUUCUUUUUUUUCUUUUGUUAUUGAGGAGGUUAACGAUGUGGACUACUGCUUAAUAUUGAAAAAAAAACAUUUUACAGUAUACAGUAAAGAUGCCUGGACAGAAUUAAGUGUGCGUCUCACUGUUUUCUUCCUAACAAAACUGUAGAUAUAUCACACCGCUCUCUGGGUUGAUGCAAAAGAGAGAUGAUAUUAAUUGUGAAAUGAUUUUGCUCAUAAUGUAUCUUUAUUAUCUGUAAUUCCAGGAUGUAUAUUACCUUCUUUCAAGUAAAAGUUAAGUGCUUUGCAUUAAAACCAGAAUCAUGC